AUGGGUGAAGAUCGUGUUCAAUUUGCGUCAUUGAAUUGGGGUUUCUUCAUCAUCAAUUUACAGUCACAAGAAGAUAAGACAAAGAUUUUAGAAGCAGAAAAAUGGAUUGUUGCGCAACAAAAUCUGACUUUAAUGGAAUGGUACCCUAGUUUUGAACAUAAGCAACGAUCUUCUCGUGCUACAGUCUGGGUUAAAUUCUCUGGAUUACCUAUUGAGUUUUGGAUUGAAAAAACUCUUUUGUCCAUGGGUAAAACCCUAGGUACUCCUAUUGUGGUCGACCAGAGAACUUUAGCUCAUGAAUAUGGGCACUUUGCUUCUAUUUUGAUUGAUAUUGAUUUUGCUGAACUAGAUACUGAUGGUAUUCAUGUUUCUUGCAGCAUUAUUGGGCACUCUGAUUCUGAAUGUCGCAAGAAGAAUAAGAAUUCAGCUAAAGUUAAUGACAGUUCGCGACAGCUUGUUUUAGUUCCUAAUCUGAAUGCUCAGACUAAUCCUGAAGUUGGUAAGGAGUGGCAUGAGGCUAAACGAAAGAAGAAAGGAAAGAAAUCUCCCACUAUCCCUGUUGUCCUUGAAACAUCAACCGUUGUUGGGAUAGGUCAGUCCUCAGUUGCGAAUCCAGUUGUGAGCAUUUCAGACGUUGUUGAGAUGGAACAACAGUUGCAAGAUGAAUUUGCAGAAUCUGAAACUGCUUUGCGUUUGGCUUCUGCAAUUUUUGAGAAAAAAAUCAAGCCAUAUUAG